GCCCAAUUUGGGUGCAGAGGUUGGUUGGAGGCUGGAGCGUGGUUGGAAUGGCUCACCGCUGCAGGGAGGCAAACGGCACCAACGAGUUAAAGGCACGAAUCAUGCCGAUUUUCUUCACGGGAACAAAUGGAAACGAAAGGAACGAAUCAUAGCAAUCCAUUUAUAUCAGAAAAUGGAAACCGUCACAUUUCCGACUCAAAUGAAGAACAAUUUUCCCGGUGAAUUUCAAGGAAAGCGACCCUGCUGCUUUGUGCGAAGAAACCCGUCUCAUCUGAUGAAUGGAUGAAAAACACCACGAUUCAUUGUGCCAACGAGACAUAUUUGAGCGACAGUACUCUCUACAACAACGUCGUCACAUUGAUUUUUUCAUUUGACAGCUACUCAUUGUUUUCCAUCGAAUUCCAUCGUGAUGCUUUGCCGCUGGUUCGGUGCUGCUUUGCUGUGAAGGACUGAAGAAAACGACUGCGUGGAAAUAUGGGUGAAGUUCAGGAUCAAAAUAAUGAGAAGAAGGUCUUCGUUGCUCCAGCUAUCAAGUCUUUUGAACACUAUGAUUUCUCCCGUGCUAAAAUCUGUUGCAGUCUCUCCUGGCUUCUGUCCAAAGCAUAUGGAAGAGACAGUAUCCCAGAAGACAUGAAAGAGCCCUUCUACACGGACCAAUAUGAGCAGGAGCAUCUUAAGCCGCCUGUAGCCAGUCUCCUGCUGUCUGCUGACCUCUACUGCCGAGCCGCCAGCCUCAUCUUGAAGAACGAUCCUGCCGAGCCUCUGCUGGGCCACGAUGCUGUCAUUCAGGCUCUAGCCCAGCGAGGUCUCCAUGUCACUGACCAUGACAGAAUUGUCACGGACAGGGACCUUCGAAAGAGGCCCCUGCAAAUGAGUGCCCAUCUGGCAAUGAUUGAUUCACUGAUGAUGGCAUACUCGCUUGACAUUCUGAUUGUGGAGAGGGUGAUGGCCAGCAUUUGCCAGUAUUCAUCAUGCUUCUCUGAAGAGGACACUCCAUACGACACCGAGGAUGCGGUCACCACCUGGAUCAACAAGAUUAACGAGUAUCUGAAAGACACCGUGGCUCAGGAGAAGAAAAAGAAAGAGGCACAGAUUGCAGAGACUGCAGAAAGUCAUCGGUCUCCAACCAAGUGGUACAUGAAGCUUGUGCCUGCCCGCUACAGGAAGGAGCAGAGCAGCAGCCAGGUGAUGCCCUGGAUCCCCCCAGUGGACAACCUGCUGAAGGACAGCAUAGAUGGAUCGGCUCUGGGUGCUCUGCUGCACUUCUACUGCCCCGAGCUUCUGCCUCUCGAUGAUGUGUGUCUGAAGCAGAACAUGACACUGGCGGAUCGUCUCUACAACAUGCAGCUCAUUCAGAACUUCUGUCGAGACAACCUGGAAGGCUGCUGCCACUUCAGUUUGGAGGAUAUGCUCUAUGCCUCGUCCACCCUCAAGAAUAACUACUUGGCGUUCAUGGCAGAGCUCUUUUGGUGGUUUGAGGAGGUCAAGCCUUCUUUUGUGAAGCCAAACGUUUUGGACAAUGAAGCCCCGGAAUUCUCAUCCUUGUUGAAGAAUAUGCCAGCCGUUCCAAUCUCUAAAGCAACUAAGAGGAGUUUCAUGGAAAGAUCCCCAAGUCCUGAAAGACCAAGUUUGCCCCUGCGACCCCAGCCUAGAAAUUCAGGUGAGAUCAAGAAAUCGACCUCAAUGUCCUUUGUUGAAAGCAACCUUGGUACCUGGCCGAAAGAGAAAAGGCCUGGGCCGUACGGAGUGUCUUUUGACAUUCCCUUGGACAAAGAGGAAGCUACUUCUUCACCUCAUUCUGCCACACGUGGUAUGGUCAGGUCUGUCAGCACUGAUGACGGUUCUGGUUUUAAGGUCCACCACCUUCCUCCUGGGAUGAAGCGGAACCUUUCCUUCCAACCAGUCAAUGGCACGAGAUUUGGGAUCGAGGAGGAGGGUUGCCCAGACAGUCUAGCUGGUCGGGACCCUGAAAGGCCAACCUACCCUAGCGGAUCUACCAUGACAACUCCCUCCAUAGAAGAGGCCCUCCAGCUUAUUCACAGCCCAAGUCGGCCCCCUGUGGAAGGUAUCAACAAUGGCUUCUUCCUGCACGGUCCGGAACUUGGAACCGGCCGUGGUAAUUUGGCGCCGUUGUCCGAGUUGGACUCUCAAGGACAUUUGAGCCAGACAGACACCACAGAGGUUGACACUGGCAUCCACAUCCACACAGAGGAUAUGCUGGAUGAGGAUUCAUCACUGAAAGACUGCUCCGUGAACAUGGACCUUGAUAUGGAUACACCCAGCCCUUGCCCAAGUAGUCAGAGCAGAUCCCCCUCAGCGCUGAGGAUGACCAACUUUGCUGAGCAAAAGAUGAAGAAGAUCACCCCAUCAGCACCAGACUCAGGGCGCGAGAGCAGCAACUCCCUUAAAACCACUCCAGAAGGUUCCGAUUUUGGUUUACCAUUAUCCGUUUCAUGGGCCCCAACUCCAGAACACAGUCCCAUUCGUCAACAAAUGCCACCACCCUCUGCAAAGGCGCCAGCUGUCCAGCUUCCACACAGUGACCCUGCUCAGGUCAUGGCGACCGAAAUGGUUGAGCUGAGAAUGCGCUUGGAGGAGAAAAGGAAAGCCAUCGAAGCACAGAAAAAAAAAGUGGAGGCAGCUUUUACCAGGCACCGUCAAAAGGUCGGUCACUCUGCCUUUCUUAAUGUGGUGAAGCGUAAAGGUGACGGAGCUGCGAGUGGAGUCGAGGAAGGAGGGAAGGUGAAAGGCGAAAUCCAGUCUUUGAGUCCCAUAUUGAGGUGUGGUCGAAGCAGUGCGGACACACCUGAUGGGGCGGAGCAAAGCAGCACAAGCUGCUGUUGGCAAAAGUCUCCUAGCGGAGCUGAGGACGGUGGUCAAGGGCACACCCAGCUCACUGAAGCGGAUCUUGCCGAUUACACACGAUCCAUCGAGAAGCUCAAUCAUUCUUUAGCCUUCCUCCAGACCGAGAUGCAGAGGCUCGCGCAGCAGCAGGAAGUCAUCAUGGCCAUGAGGGAGCAGCAACAUCAGCGAGCAUGGGUCAUCCCUCCCUCUCAAGCGAACCCCUCGCAGCCAAAAUAUGGAAGAGGCGGCAAUGUCACUCGAUCUUCAGGACCCUCUUCCCCGGCGGACUCCCCUCGCUCAGCCCACCGCUCUCCGACCAGCAUCAAGCGCAAAUCCGCCUCCUUCCACUCACGUAACCCUCGCACCGCUCGCCCUAAUGAGCUCAAGUUGGCCCCUUACAACCGCGUCCUCAGCGCGCCGCAGUCUGUAGAUAGCAUCCCCAGGCUGCGACGCUUUUCUCCCCGUCUGCCCACAGAUAGCUCCUUUGUUUACAUGGGUGAGACACCUGCGGCCGCCAGUCCUGAACCUGUCAACAAGCAGACAGACACACUCGUCUCCCCAGACAAAGAGCUGCGUGAUAUUUGUACAUCUUCUCCCAGCUCGCCCAACAAAGGGCAAACACAAGAAGACUCAAAGGCUAAAAUCCAAGAGAAGGCUCCCAGCCAACCGAACACCACCGAGAUGGAAAAAUUAGUCGAUCUUAAACCUGCACAGUCAACAUUCGCUGAGGUUCUGGCCCACCCGGUGGUUGAGAUGUUCACGAUAACCCCCACAGAGAUCCCCACGGUGCCGGAAGUCAAGAGCAACCAGAUUGAGGUUCCCCUAUCAGUUGUGAAGCCGCUGAAUGACUUGACGCUUGAUGACGGCUCGGAGACGGAGCUCGGAGGUGCGGAAGGCCAGGGGGACGAACAGAGGAUGCGUUGCAGCUUCUUCUUCAAGGAGGAUGGAAAGGCAGAGGAGAACAUGGCUCAGAGGAGAGCGGCGCUGCUGGAGAAGAGGAUGAGGAGGGAGAAGGAAAGCCAGCAGAAGAGGAUGCAGCAGGAGGCGGAGCUAGAGCAAAAGAAAGAGGAGGCUCGGUUAAAAGCGGAGGAGGAGCGUAUCCGAAAGGAAGAAGACAAGGCCAGGAAGGAAUUCAUCAAGCAGGAGUAUCUUAGAAGGAAGCAGCUGAAACUGAUGGAGGACAUGGACACGGUCAUCAAAUCCCGACCAGCUGCCAGCACAAAACAACGACGAGGUCGCCCCAAGUCAAUCCGUCGUGACAGCAUCGACUCCCCAAAAACUCCUGUCAGAGCUGCUACAGUCUCCAGCUUGUCCCUGGCAUCCCUCAACUUGGGAGACGGCGACAGUGUGGACUCGGAGAAGAGAGCGCAAAGAAGUGCUAGUUUAGCCUCUGGCGGUCUCCUCUGCUAUCUGGGCUCUCCUAAACUGAGAAGGAGAAGGCCAGAUUCGGCAGAUGGCUUCCUGUCCCCGAGUCGCACCAGCAGCAAGAAUGGGGAGAAAGACUGGGAAAAUGGAUCCACAACUUCCUCCGUUACGUCAGUCACAGAGUACACAGGACCGAAGCUCUACAAGGAGCCAAGUGCCAAAUCAAACAAGCACAUCAUCCAGAACGCAUUGGCCCACUGCUGCCUUGCUGGCAAGGUCAAUGAAGGACAGAAGAACAAAAUCCUGGAGGAAAUGGAAAAAUCGGAGGCAAACAACUUCCUGGUUUUGUUCCGCGAUGCCGGCUGUCAGUUCCGCUCCCUGUACACUUAUUGCCCCGAGACCGAGGAGAUCAAUAAGCUCACAGGCAUCGGCCCCAAGAACAUCACACGCAAAAUGAUCGACGGCCUGUACAAGUACAAUUCGGACAAGAAGCAGUUCAGCCUGAUACCAGCUAAGACCAUGUCAGCCAGUGUGGAUGCCGUGACCAUCCACAGCCAUUUGUGGCAAACCAAAAAGCCAGUCACCCCGAAAAAAGUAGUGCCUGCCCCUCAGUCCUGAUGGAAACUGAACGUGACCAUUUCAGUUUGCACUCCCGCCGUAUAUUCCCAUGAUGAUUCAAACACCUGCAAUGCCACCGCAACAUGUUUUCCAUUUGAGUUUUGUCAGGUUCUGCUCCCCGUGGUUCUCACUUCCCUGCUACAAGUGGAAUGUAAACCACUGAUGUUGAAUGAUGUAAAUAUCUUGACAUUUUUUCAAGACAAGACGUAGAAAAUGAGUUCAUUUUUAUUUCCUUUCGUGCCAAAAAGACAAAAAAAACAAGACCGUAUGAAUGCUAGGACAUUUUACUCAGAACACUGAAGCACUGAAUGUUUAUAUUUUAUGUAUAGAUUGAAUUUCAUUUGCAAUAAGUUUUAAGUGCGGCCUUACGCGCCUUGGGCUUUAAGCGUGUGAGUUCAGUGAGCUGAUUGUAAAGCAACAUUCAGAGAUUUUGUUUUGUAUGUUUUGGAAUAAGCCUUUUUCAUUGCUAUUUGUCGGUAAACGUGUUUGUAUAUUGAGGUACAUAAAUCUAAGGGCCAAAAAAAGAUUGAUUGCAUACAGCUAGCGUUCGCCACACAGCACGUGUGUGUUCAACUCAACAAAGUUAGACGGUUUCAGCUUUUACACAACCAUUUUCUUCGGAAGAAUGUAGGACAUCACUCCUGAUAAGAUUCUUCAAGAUGUGGGAAAAUAUGUUCUAGGUAGUGACGGAUCUUUUUUUUUUUUUUACUUGUAACUGAGUAAAUUCAGUAGAAUUCAUCCAUUUGUGAUUUCUUUGCACUUACUGUAUAGUUCACAAGUAUGACCUUUUUGCCAGAUCGCACAAGUCUUGAAGUCAAAAUGUCUACAAUUCUUCAAUGCCAAGAUUUAGAAGAAUGCCCUUUUGUUGGCAUGAACACAUUUUGACAUGAAUUGGAUGGAAGUUGACCCAAGUCAACAUUUUGUAAGAAAGCAAGAACCGAAUUUGUUCGGAUGAACGGUUGUCAUAACAGCCAAAUUCAAAGAUCGAUUCAGUACAUGACGGUUUUUAGCGCUAUACGCCGGAAAUUGGAAGAUUGUUCAUAUCAAAGCAAGAACUUUUGUUUCCAGCGAUAUGCAACCUGAUAAUACAAGAACCCAAUUGGUUUUGAAUUUGUCAUUACAGCCAAGGUUGAUGGGAUUACAGUAAAUAUUCACAUGCAUUGUAAUUUAUUUUGUAUUCCUGUAUAUAUUCUCUACUUUUAUGUUAUCAAGAAUGUUAUUUAUUUUGGAUUGAUAUCAAACAAAAGAUGGCUGAGCUCCGGUAGCUCAAAGCUCAAAACAAUGCAGGUUCGCCAUUUUAAACAUUGUAUUCUUGUAUUUACCUCCACGCCAGAGCUUGAACUCUAUUGAUACUGAGGGAUUCAUCCAAUCCAAGAUGUUUCAAGUAACUUUUAGGGAUAAUGGUCAGGUUUUAUGUCAGCUCUCCAGCACCUUCCAUUUUUACACAAUUUCUUCACUGCUAAUAGAUGACAGCUAUGUGAGGGAUUGUCCUUUGUGAUGGUUUACUUUAGGCUUUUCUUCAGAAAGAUAUUUUAUAUUCACACAUGGUGGAGUCGGUCAUACAGACUGAUAUCCAUCAUUAUGACGCCUGAGAAGCAUUUCUCCUGUGCCAGUAAGUCGUUUUCCUGGAGUAAUAAAUUGUAAAUUGCCACUCAGAAAGCUAAAAAGCUGAAUGCCAUUCAUGGUUGGACAACAUUUAUGUAUUUAGAAUGACGGCAUUCUAAAUGACAAUGUGUUGACAACCAAACGAACAUGAUGAGAAAAGUGUGUUUUAGUUGCAACAUGUUUAUACAAAGUAUUUUCAAGUAGGAUCUUUCAUUGCAAUUGUAGAAAAAUCACACAAUGUUGUGAGACUGAUGAUGAUUUGCUGCAUACGGGUAAAAAUGCACCAUUUUUGUUGGUGCCAGUUCCAAACAGGUUUUCUGUGAGCAUAUCUCGUGAUGUGAUGCAUAAUUUAGGUUGGGGGGCAUUUUUGACUCAAGGAGCAUGUACUUUUGUUCAAAACGUAGUCCAGUAUCUCUCUUGGUUAUUGAUGACAGGAAAGGGAAGCAAAUAUUUAAACUAAGCUUUUAUUGUACAGUGUGUUCAUGUGCAUUCAUACCUUCUUGCUAGGAUGACACUUUUUUGUCAAUGUGGUGUCAAAAGAGCUUGCUGAAUAUGUAGUUUGUUUGUUUUUUUUCUCCAAUAAAUAAACUCAGCAUGGCCCCUAAAAUA